GCAGGAUGUAUUUUGCAUUCAGUCACUCGCGACCUUGGCACAGCGAACACAAAAUUCUCUCUCUCACCCACAACUCUCUCUCUCACUCUCACCCACAACUCUCACUCUCACCCACAACUCUCUCUCUCUCGCACUCUCUCACCCACGCAGCGGCCGAUUCAGAAUCCACACUCAACACGGACAGCAAUUUACUACUCUCGCUCUCUCUCUCUCUCGUUAUAUAAGCAAAAUAAUUGUGAACUAUAAACACGCACCUCUGUUCGCCGGUUUAAUCUCGAACCCAAUUAGUUUCGAUUUGUCGAAGCUGAGCCGACCAGCACCAAGAUACAUCCGUCGUGAGAGAUAGAGAGGGAGACACACCGACAAGAGAUGAGUUGACCGCACACGUGAACCUCUCGCGAUAAGAAUUAGGAGACAUCAAUUGGUUUGGUUAAGGGGGUCUGGGGGAAGGGUUCUUCCACCUCGCACGGGCAUGGAAUGUUCGGCUCAGAAUGGACACUGAAGUAUACCCGGUGAGAGCAUCAGACGCACGGGAAGACGCGAGGAGGCGAGCACGGACGAACAAACCGCGCGAGUCGAGCAGCACCCCAUUCUGUCGUCACCCUCCUUCUCCCUCCCAGCAGUCGACAGUGGACAAGUGGAGCGUCGACGUCUCGCUGAAUGACAACGGCGGCGGUCGACGGCCCCAGCCACAGCGGCAGCAGCAGCAGCAGCGAAGGACGGGCGCGCCGACCCAGCGCGCCUGGCCGGGAGACGAUGACGGCGGAGGAGGCGGCGACGCGGGGGACGUGGGGGGCCCCGGAGGGACGGGUGAGCGUUGGGGGGGGCCCACGGUGGGCAGGGCCCUGGGGGGGUCCCCCGCCUCUCAGUCGCCAUCGCCGACGUCGGAUAAACUCUCCGCGUCGCUCAGCAUGGCCUCCGCGUCCGCGAGCAGCACGCCGGACUCACGCGAGGAUGUUAUGGACCUGAGCAGUGACCCGUGCCUGAGUCGCUCCAGCUCGGAGGCGUGCUCCACCAAGGAGACUCCCUGCUCCGAGGGCAAGAGCUCCCCGAGCCUGGAGCUCGAUGACGAUGAUGAGGAGGAGGAGGAGGAAGAGCGGGAGGGGAGAAAGGUCCGGAACGACGAUGAUGACGAUGACGAUGACACUUCCGGCGGCUCCGACUUCCGGGAGUACGAGCGCUGCGUGUUGCAGGAGUGGCACGACGAUGUGGAGGAGGAGCGGGUUCGGGCCGUCAGACUCCUCCGCUGUAACGACGACGACGAUGGUGCUGGUGCCAGCGACCAGGUGACGGGAGGAGGAGGUCGUGCCGGUGAUGGCCGCACCUCCCCUCUGCCCGGGCGCCCCACGCUGUCGCCCAACGCCAACUCGGCCCAUGACUGCGGCGACAGUGGCGGCGGCGGCGGCGGUGCCGGCGUGAGCAGCGGCUCGCGCGGCCAGGACGUCGCCACCCCCCUACCCCGGCAACUUUCGCCCAACGCCAACUCUUCAAGCGUCCGGGGCGCUGGCACGGGGGCCAGCGGUGGAUCGACGGGAGCGGCCGCAGCCAAAGCGGCCGGCAGUGGCGGGAUAAGGGGGGGCGGCACUGCAACCGCCGUUGCCGCCGUUACUUCCAGUUCUGCUGCCGCUGCCACUACCGCCUCUGCAAAUGUCACGUCCGACGGCGGCGUCGGCGACGAUGAUGGGGCUGACGCUCCUCUUCCCACCAUGGAUUGGGACGCGCUGGAGCGACACCUCGCCGGGCUGGCUGCUGAGCAGAGUGGGCGGCAAGGGGCGGCAGCGGCGCGGGCCGGCGGCUCCGGCAGCGCCAGCGGAAGUCCAGCGCCCUCUGCGCAGAGGAGCGAGCGGGAGUCCAUCCGGCAGAAGCUGGCGCUCGGAGGGUUUCUGGACGAUGGGCCGGGCAUCUACACCACGUGCAGCCGCAGCGGAAAACCAAGCCUCUCCUCCCGGCUGCAGAGCGGCAUGAACCUGCAGAUCUGCUUCGUCAACGACAGCGGCAGCGACGCCGAGGAGAGCAGCAAGACCGAGACCAGCCCGGACACCCCCGCGUCUCCCAUGAGCAAGCAGAGCUCGUCGUACUCGGAGCGCGACAGCCCCGAGGAGGAGGGGGACGAGGACGCGAUGGAGUCGCCCCUCGACGAGAUGGACUUUGCGUCGCGGCGCCGUCGCCUGCAGGACGAGGCGCGCAUGGCGCUGGCCAUGGCGCAGCCGAUGGCGCGCAUGCAGGUGCAGGUGGAGAAACGCAGCAAGCCGCCUCUCUCGGACCUGCUCCCGCACCUGCCCCACCUGGGCGAGUCUCUGCUCAAGCGGAGCCUCCGUCCGGGCGACCUGCACGGCAUGACGGAGGGGCAGCUGCAGGUCAUCGUCAACGACCUCCACUCGCAGAUCGAGAGCCUCAACGAAGAGCUGGUGCAGCUGCUGCUGGUGCGGGACGAGCUGCACAUGGAGCAGGAUGCCAUGCUGGUGGACAUUGAGGAUAUGACGCGGCACGCGGAGGAGCAGCACAAGUUCAUGGGCGCCAAGCUGGUGUCCAAGUGAUGCGGCAAGGUCGUCGACUCCUGCGGGAGUCGCGCGGAGCGAGGGGGGAUCUUAAUCCCCGUCGAAACGUGCAAACAAACGUGCAAAAACGAAACUCGCGAGGGUUCGCUGCCCUAUUAUCGGUGCCAAAGGCAAAAAAGGCCGAGUGGCAAUCCCCUAGGAUAACGACAGCGGGAGUCUGCGCCGCUCGCCCAGGCCGACCGUCGAGCCGGCGGUUUAAAACGAAAUGCCGGCACGCUCGCGUCUUCCGCGGUCGUGCCGUGGGCGGCUCUCCCCCCCCCCCCCCCCCCCCCCCCCCCCCC